UAUUUCUAUUGCUUAAGUUCUACUGACCAGUAAAGUGCUGCUUUGAAGAAUCAGACUAGGAGAUGGUUUGGGAGAAGAACCAGACAAGGCCUGGAGAGGAGGACCAGGCACCCAGACAGCACAAGGCACCCCUCUGGGGUCUCUUAGACUGAGUUACCCAAGCACAAGAAUUCUCCCUGGCCCUCCUGCUCACCCAGAAGAGGCUCUUUGUUGGUGAGGCUGCCGUGCAUUGGGAAAGGGUCAGACUUGGCACCCAGGACACAGGGAGGGCUGCCACACUGUGAUCUUCUGCCCCAGCCAAGGGAUGACCCAGCCUCAGGAGGAAAAGGCAGCCUUCUGGGGGUGCAUCCUGGAAGCCCAUCCUGCCCUGGAACACGAGUCCCUUCCAGGUGUGACAGCCCAGGUGUGCUCUGCCUGUCUCCUGCCUUCUCCUUCUUCCCCAGGAGACCCCAGGAAUCAGAGUGAGGAUGUAUCCCCAUGAGGGCAGGGGCUGGCUGUGCUUUAAGGGUUCAUGGCGUCAGCCAGAAAGUGCAGGAAGAAAGAGGAGAGAAGCAAUUGAGGGAUGGGUUGUUAUUUAGAGGACUGUGUAUGUGUGUGCACGUGCAUGUGUGUGCAUGUGUGUCUGUGAGUGUGUGGACUGUGUGUGCGUGUGUGGACUGUGUGCAUGUGUGUGGACUGUGUGUGUGUGUGCAUGUGUGUCUGUGUGGACUGUGUGUGUGUGUGGACUGUGUGUAUGUGUGUGUGGACUGUGUGUGCACAUGCAUGUGUGCAUGUGUGUGUGCGUGUGUGGACUGUGUGUGCAUUUGUGUGCGUGUGUGGACUGUGUGUGCACAUGUGUGCAUGUGUGGGCUCUGUGUGUGUGUGUGUGUGCACGUGUGUGGACUGUGUGCGUGUGUGCAUGUGUGGACUGUGUGUGGACUGUGUGUGUGUGUGCAUGUGUGUGUGUGUGUGGACUGUGUGUGUGCGUGUGUGGACUGUGUGUGUGUGUGCGUGUGUGUGGACUGUGUGUGCGUUUGUGGACUGUGUGUGUGCGUGUGUGUAUGUGUGUGGACUGUGUGCUUGUGUGCAGACUGUGUGUGUGUGCACGUGUGUGUGGACUGUGCAUGUGUGUGUGCAUGUGUGUAUCUGUGCAUGUGUGGACUGUGUGUGUGCAUGUGUCUGUGCAUGUGUGUGUCUGUGCGUGUGUGGACUGUGUGUGUGCAUGUGUGUGUCUGUGCAUGUGUGGACUGUGUGUGCGUGUGUGGACUGUGUGUGCGCAUGUGUGGACUGUGUGUGCGUGUGUGGACUGUGUGUGUAUGUGUGUGGACUGUGUGCGUGUGUGUGUGGACUGUGUGUGUGCAUGCGUGUGUGCAUGUGUGUGUCUGUGCGUGUGUAGAUUGUGCAUGUGUGGACUGUGUGUGUGUGCGUGUGUGAACUGUGUGUGUGUGCAUGUGUGUGUCUGCGUGUGUGGACUGUGUGCAUGUGUGUGUGGACUGUGUGUGUGCGCAUGUGUGUGUGCGUGUGUGGACUGUGUGUGCAUGUGUGUGGACUGUGUGUGUGGACUGUGUGUGUGCAUGUGUGUGUCUGUGCGUGUGUGGACUGUGUGUGCGUCUGUGGACUGUGUGUGUGCACGUGCACGUGUGUGUGGACUGUGUGUGCAUGUGUGCGUGUGUGGACUGUGUGUGUGCAUGUGUGGACUGUGUGCACGUGUGUGGACUGUGUGCGUGUGUGUGGACUGUGUGUGUGCACGCAUGUGUGCAUGUGUAUGUGCGUGUGUGCGUGUGUGGACUCUGUGUGUGUGUGUGCGCGUGUGUGAACUGUGUGUGUGUGCGUGUGUGUGUGUGUCAGGGGCUUUUGGGACAGCUGCCCACAUUGUUCAGGACCAUGGGAAGAUUAAUGUGGGAACUGGGGGACACUUUUGCUGUGUGGUACAUAAUGGGACUUCACAGGCCCCGAGGAAAGCUGUCAAUGAAUAUUUAUUUUACACUGUGCUGCACCUGCAGCCUGACAAAGACUCGGAGCCAAGAGGCUCAGAACCCUCAGGGACAAGAGUCAGCAACCACCAGCCCUCCCUGGCGCUGUGCCUGGCAAGGGUCCCAGGGAAGCUGUGUCUGGACAGAGGAUUUAACGUGAGGGGCAAGUGGACUGGAACAGUACAAGGCAAGGACUCAGUGGAUGCUGCAGGUGCCGGCCCCGUUCCUGGCUGGUGCACUCACACUACUGUGGCUGUGAGCAUUCCCCAGAGUGAAGCCGCUCUAUCCCUUACCCCCACCACUCCCCACAUGCUAUCUUACCCCACCCCCGCUACCCUACCUUACCCCCACCCCCGAUACCCUAUCUUACCCCACCCCUGA